AUGAGCGCACCACUAGACGAUGCUAUAAAGCAGGCCAAACAGUUUGUUUCACAGAAUAAUGCUGACGCGGCUUUGCGGGUUCUUAAGCCGUUCCGGAAGUCUUUGAAGGGCGCGAACUCAUCGCACAUCGAGCUGCACCAGGCCUUUGUGGAAACGUAUCUCGAGAAAGGUGAGCUAGAAAAAGCCUACCCGUUGCUGGUUAGAGUCUGCGAGCUGGAUCCGCAGGGUCAGAUAGGUGGUUCGGACAAGUUUUUCACAUUGGGCCAAAUUGCAGGAGGCAGCGAUGGGCUUGGUUUGAUUACACAGGGCAUAGAAAACUUAUCAAGACAAGCUGGGGAGUUUUUGCAGCAGGAACAGGCCGAAAAAGUGGUGGCAGGGCUGUUGUCGAUGGUAGAAAUCUGGAUGACCGAUCUGUGCAUGGAGCCGGGCGCAGAAGAACAAUGCGAAGAACUUGUCAACAAAGCAAUGGAAGUUUCCGAAGAACAAUCAGCAGAGACGUGGGCUGCACUCGGCUCCAUGAGAAUAUCCCAGCAACGAUUCCCGGAAGCUGCAGAAGCGUUCGGGCGUUCGUGGCAUUUCUUCCAGGCCAAAAAAGCGGCAUUUGAUAAUGAAGAGCAGCAAAGUACCAGUAAUAUUCAUGCAGAAUUUGCGAAUAUGCUACAGCCGUUGCUGAAUCUCGCUAAAAUGUGCAUUGAGCUGGGAUUAUAUGACAUGGCCCUGGAGAUGGAGGCGGCCAUCAGAGACAUAGACGAGGACAACCUCGAAGGCCUGUAUUUGGAGGCCUUCACGCAUUAUCUUAUUUGCAAAUUGGAGCUUUUCAAGAUUCAAAAUCCUCAAGUGGAAGUUAACCCAGGAAAUGUUUUCGAAUUCAACCAGCAUUUCCAAGAGCUGCCUUUUGUGGAUGCGAAUGAUUUGAUCAAAGAACAUGGCUGGGAAGCUCGAAUUUUGUUGACGUACAUGGUCAAACUGGCUGAAAAUAAUGACCAAAACGACGAGAUUAAGAAGGAGUUGGUCAAUGGCGCCACAGAAGUCGUUUCCGAAUUGGGAGGAUUUGCAGAUAUCAAGGACGUUAUUCGCUACAAAAAGGGCGAAGACGUUGGUGACGAAGAGGAGUUAGAACUCAACGAACUCGACCGUACAGCAUAA